AUACAGAUUUAAAAAGUGUUGUCGCAAAAAGGGAAAUAAAAUAAAAAAAGUUUUUGUCUUUUCUUUAGUAUCCAUCCAGAAAACAAUGGCGACUGUUCCUGAAGCCGAAGAAUCGGGAUUGAGAAUGACGAGAACCGUUGUUGAAGAAGAUAACGAGCACGAGUUGAAGAAGCUAGCGACGUCAUUUCUAGGCCUGAGCUUCUCAGUGAUGCUAGCUCAUCUCCCUAGCGACGCGCUAUCUCUGGUUCCGCGACUGACGACGGAGGUCAGUGAGCUGAAACAACGGCUCGAGGCGGCGGAGGAGCAAGUCCGACAGAUGAAAUGUCGGCGCGUGGAGGACUCGAAAGCUAACGCGCGCGUGGUGGAGAUAUUCACUAGCCGCAGGAACGCGUGGCAGGAAGAGGAGAAGCGUCUGCAGAAUCGGAUUCACGAAAUGGAGGAAGAGAGAGAAGAGUUCAUGAACAGGAUACACGAAUUGGAGAGAGAAGUGGGGGAGAGGGAUGAGAUGAUUGGGUUCAUGUCAAGAAGAGGUAUUGAGGAAGAAGAAGAUGAUAAUUCCACUGAACGUUACGGUGUGGAUCAACACACUCUAUCUUCUUCCCCUACAGCUUAUCCAAGCUCUCAUCAGUUCUGGGCAGAGGCGCAUAACACGAACCCUUUCCAGGAUGUACAGUAUGAAUCUUUGGAAUCCGUGUACCAUAUGAAGCAAUUUGUGCCAAGAAGGGAAUCACCAUGGAAGAUAGAUAGUGAAGCAACAGGUGUUUCUGCGAAACUGAGGUUACUAGAAGAGGAGUUACUAAAUCUUGAGAAGGUUUGUCCUAGUGACAAUUCAAAGGUUCUAUCUUUGUUGAGCAAACAGGCUAAGAGGUACCAAGCUCUUGUCGGGAAGAUCGAUGAUCUAUGCAGAAGAAUGCAGAAUAGUGAUCCUUGCGAUGCGACAUUAGGACCCGAGUUCAGAACACAAAGUCAAACGGAGUUUCUGCUAGAGUGUUUCAGAUUUCAGCAGCGAGCAUCAGAGACAGGGCAGAAGCUAGUUGCAUUGCAGACAGAAAUCACAAGGAGCAACCAAGGAGAUCAACUUAACCAAGCCAAGAUGAACACCAGAAGGUCACUGGAUUUGAUCAAGAACAACUUGAAAGAAGUUCAGAGAAACCUCGAGAUUUGGCUGGCUAGGAUCAUUGGAGAUCUCGAAGGCAUUCUUGCUAGAGACGGUGCUUCGUGUGUAAGAGAAUUCUACGUUUCCCGUUACCCUUUUGUUCAGUAGAAUCAGAACAUCUCUGUACUGUAACCUCUCAAGUCUAACUCGCAGUU